GUCGAUCAACUACUCAAAUUUCGCAGGUGGCCCUGGAUGCCCGAAGUAAUUUUAUGUAAACAAUCGUAAGUACAUCGGGUCAAAAGAUCCCUUUCAGAGUCCCAAGUUCCCACAGGAACACUUGUUUUUGGUAGGGGAGUGUUGAGCCACAGAGCCAAGCCCAGUGCAGUCCAAACUACGGAUUAAAGCUCGACGGUGAUUUCAGCCUGCAGAGCCUGAGCUGAUCGAAGCAGGAACGGUGGUUGUCGAGAAAGAGCCCGUGAGCCGCUCCGUGACUGCCCGCUGUUAUUUCGCAGUGUGGAGCCUGAAGCCAUCGUAGCGAGUCCUUGGACUUAAUGCUGCUGCCCUUUUCAUCAGUUAAAAGCGUCAAAGGUCACCUUAUGUCAUGGCGUGGAUACAGAGACUGCGCUUGAGUAGAAUUUAUCCGUCUAGUUGGACAGGAUGCUUUCAUGGCAGUGUGUGCAGAGGAUUGAGUGUGACUUCAGCGAAUGCUGCCGUCCAAAAACUUGUUCCAAAUGAGUACGAUGGACCAUCAGUCAAGACCCCCAUCCCAGGACCAAGAUCUCAGGAACUAAUAGCGAAGUUGGAUGCCAUCACAAAGAAUUCCGGCACCGUCCAGUAUUUUGUGGAUUUCAAAGCAAGUCUUGGGAAUUACCUGGUAGACGUGGACGGGAACCGACUCUUGGAUCUAUUCAUGCAGAUAUCCUCCAUUCCUAUUGGAUACAACCAUCCAGCCGUGAUUGAUGUCCUGAAAAGCUCAGAUAAUUUGCAUGCCAUGGUGAAUAGGCCUGCGCUCGGAGUCUUUCCAGGGGAAACAUUUCCUGACAUGCUGGACCAGGCUUUCAUGCAGUGUGCUCCCAAGGGCUUAACCAAGGUCCAGCCGAUGAUGUGCGGGGCUUGUUCAAAUGAGAACGCUAUUAAGCAAGCUUUCCUGACGUAUCGGCGAAAGAAAAGAGGAGGGCCAGCAACACAGGAAGAGAUGGACUCGUGUGUGACAGGCAAGGAACCAGGCUGCCCACCCUACACUGUUCUGUCUUUUACCGGUUCCUUUCAUGGACGCACACUUGGUUGCCUGUCUAUGACUAAUUCCAAACCCAUCUUCCGUCUGGAUUUUCCAUCCCUGGGUUGGCCGGUUGCUCCCUUCCCUAGACUGAACUACCCACUGGAGGAUUUCGUCUCGGAGAAUAAAGCGGAGGAGAGCAGAUGUCUCCAAGAGGUGAUCAGAUCGAUUGAGGAGAACAAAGUUCGGGGUCGGGACGUGGCAGCAGUCAUCGUGGAGCCCAUUCAGGGCGAAGGUGGCGACAAUCUUGCCAGUGCUGACUUCUUCCGUCAGCUUCAGGCGAUAUGCAAAGAGCACGGCGUUGCGCUUGUUUUGGACGAGGUUCAGACUGGUUGCGGGACCUCCGGCCAUUUCUGGGCCCACGAAGCGUGGGGUCUGCCGGAGCCGCCAGACUUUGUCACCUUCAGCAAGAAGAUGCUGUCUGGUGGCUACUACUUCAAGGAUGAAUUUGCCGUGGACGCGCCCAGUAGGAUCUUCAACACCUGGAUGGGUGACCCCCCUAAACUCUUGAUGCUCGGCGCCAUCAUUAAGGUCAUCCAGGAGAUGGAUCUGGUGGGCCAGGCUAGGGAGUCCGGUCAGUACAUGAUGGAUGGCAUCAAAGACCUACAGGCUAGGUACCCACAGCACUUGAGCAGAGCCCGGGGCAUGGGUACUCACAUUGCAGUGGACGGCAAAGAUACUGAGUCUGCAGCCAAGAUUGCGAGCCUGGUCCGGGAGAAAGGAGUCAUCAUGGGACUCAGUGGCAAGCAGUCGAUCCGAUUCCGGCCAGCUCUAGUCUUCCAGCCACACCACGCCGAUAUCUGUUUGGAGAGAUUCGACGACGUUUUGGCCAGUCUCUAACUUUCACCAAAGAAAAAAAGAAUUAAAGAUUAUUCUUCAUUGCAACUCAGGUUUGUGUUGGUGUACAUGUAACUCUACAGAAGCCACAAUGUACUGCAUCAUUUCACAGCGCUCAACAUGUCACGAACGUUUCACUGUGUUAAAGCUAUAGUCCAUCAUUUGAAGCUACCCGAAAAGUAACUGGCGUAAUUAUUGUUGAAAAACAUACU